AUGUAUCUGCAUCAAACUCGAGCUUGUGGAAUUAUGCUUAUUUUGGCAAUAUUGGGAAUUAUAUGUGAGAUCUCGUGGGCCAGUAAACAAUGUAAGUCAGUCGUGAUGGAUGUACACGUGAAAAGAUGUAGACUCGGUAUUGAGAGAGCCAAGAGAGGCCUGGAAAAAUUCGAUCUGCAGAAAUAUACCGAGAAGUAUGAAGCGAAGAGACAGGAAGAAUCCGAUUAUUCGAAGCCGAAAAAUUCGGCGUCGCACGGCGUUCCACAGAAAAGGCAACUGACAUCCGAACAAGUUAGUGGUAUUAUCUUGCCAAUUGUCGCGGAAGCUAUAAAUGGCGCCUCCAAAGCUCGAGCGUAUGCAUCCGGAAGAGGAUAUCAUGAUUCCAAUUUGAGCUUAACGGGAUCUAUUCUCAAUCGGUCAGGAUAUCAUCUCAGGGUGCCUUAUCCGUUCGAUAGAGGUUUCGUAUCCUUCCACACUCCGGCCUAUAACAACGAUCUCGAUCUCAAUCUGAACGCCGAAGAAUUGGAUGAAUUGUACAAUGACAUCUACGAAAGGCUACCGAGAGCUUCGAAAGAUGAAGCUUGGAAGAUUUUCUUAGAAACAGCCUCGAAAUGCUGCCAAAACGUCGACAAGUGUCUUAAGGAAACGACUCACUUACCUUGCCUUGGAAGUCGACCGUCUUAA